CGUCAGCUUCUCCCGAGUUUCUCCCUGGAUGGCGGACACGGGAGGAGGGGACCCGCACUCGCUCUCUCCCUCACCUGGCCAGCCAGUCGCUUGUUCGGAGAGCAGCGUGAGCACACCGCCGUCCUUCUUUGCGUGGAACUCCGCGGCGUCAAGCGGGGGAUUAGGCUUUUUUCACUCUGCGCUUUCCUUCCGCGGGAACCUUGCGGGUGUCCGUGAGGAACUUGAAGCACCAAGGAGAACCGGGACCAUCAAGUGUUGAGAAACUUCCCCGUCGGCCGGCCAUCGAUCCAGAGACUUGGAUGGAGCCACAAUAGCACGUUUGACUCUCAACUCACAACAACCGUGGAAGUCCAGCGUGGAACCAUCGUGACUAGUCGAUGCUUUGGCGACGCCUGAUCCUUUAGUUCUCUCUCCCCCGUUUGGUUGGCUUCGGAGCUAGCAGUGCAGUUCAGUCCAGGGGACCCCCACUUUCUUUCCCUCCCUCCAACUGUGUGUGUGUUUUUUUUUGCCCCCUCAAGCGGGAUUUGCGCAAGUUGUAUGCUCGCUCUUUGUACGCGGUUCUAACGCAGAAGACCCCCCCAGGAGAGCUGAGGUGCCAUGGCGCAGCUGUGUGCGGGGAUUUGCGUGCUCCUCUUGACGCUGCACGUCCAAGGGAAUGAUGCAUCACAAAUGGCAAGCCUUGGUGGAGGUGCCCGCUCCCAGAUGGUCCAGAUGGACUCAAGCAAGUCGGGCUUCGUGGGCUCCCAAGUGGAGCUGCGCUGCAUUUUCAUCAACAGCAACCCUCCGGUGAAGAUCUCGCAGGUGACCUGGCAGAAGCUGCUCAACGGCACCAAGCAGAACGUGGCCAUCGCCAACCCGGCGCUGGGCGUCUCCGUGCUGCAGCCCUUCAAGGAGCGCGUCAGCUUCAAGCAGGCGGCUGUGCGCCACCGCACGCCCUCGCUGGAGGACACCACCAUCGUCUUCUCCAACCUGCAGCUUUCCGACGAGGCGGCGUACAUCUGCGAGUACACCACUUUCCCGGCGGGCAACCGCGAGAACAUGGUCAACCUCACCGUCUUCGCUCGCCCACUGACUCGCAUGACCUUGACCACGCCCACCAUCGUGGCCCGCUCACAGCGCCGCAAGAUGACGGUGGCCACGUGCAUGUCGGCCAACGGCAAGCCGCCCAGCGUGAUCCGGUGGGACACCAGGCUGAAGGGCGAGGCCACCUUCCAGGAAACCCGCAACCAGAACGGGACGGUGACGGUGCGCAGCAACUACGUGAUCGUGCCCGGCCGGGAGACGCACAAGCAGAAGCUGACGUGCAUCGUCACGUACCGCAACGAGAGGUUCACCGACAGCGUGGUGCUCAACGUGCAGUAUGAACCCGAGGUGAAGAUCGAGGGCUUCGACGCCAACUGGUACCUGAACCGCCAGAACGUGCAGCUGACCUGUAGGGCGGAUGCCAACCCGCCGGUCACCAUCUACCAGUGGAAACUUUUGAACGGCUCGCUGCCGAGCAACGUGGAGAUCAAGAACAACAGCCUAUUCUUCAAGGGCCCCGUCACCUAUGACCUGGCUGGAACGUAUGUCUGCGACGCCACCAACGGAAUCGGCACACGCACCGGCAUCGUGGACGUCAACAUCACCGAGAAACCGAUGGCGCGGGGCCCCCCGGGCGGUGUUAUCGGGAUCCUCGGAGGCAUCGUGGCCAUCGGCCUCAUCAUCGGCGUGACCGUCACCGUGGUCAUGAUCCACCGGCGCCAGCAGAAGACCCGCACGGAGACAGAUAAUGACCUUUGCGUGACACAGGCUGCGGAGAAGCCAGAGUCCGCCACAAGGACCGACCUCCCGCCGGCUCACAAGCCCGCCCCGCCGCCGCCAAAGAAGAAGAACAGCGACAUGAAGGGCCACUUGACAUCCGACGACAUCCAGGUGGUCCAUCUGGACAAAGACGAGGAGAUGCAGAAGCUUCCCCUGCAGCCGCCUUACUACGACAUGGCGCCCUCCGAGUCGACCCCCUUCACCGAUAAGCCGGAUUCUGUGAACCAUCCGGCAGAGCCCUUGAACCCGACCGAGUACAUGAGCCAACAGCGCGACGUGGAGCACCUGCCCGAGUGUCAGCCCCUCAACCCUCCGGCCCACCCGCCCGUCACCUUCCUGCCGCAGCACGCCUACGCCCAGCCGCCCUCCAACGAGCCCAUGUACUCCAACACCGGCUUCUCCGCCGCCCCCGCCGCCCCACGAGCGCCCUUCCCGAAGGAGCAAUCCGUGUGACGCCGCCACGCAACAACAAGAUCCACUUAGCCACCCCCCUCCCCCUCCCGCUUCCUUCCGGCGUGGCGUCGUUUUCUACUUGUGUACCGCAAAAGUUUGCCGACUCUUUCCAUAGCUCGUUGUCACCGUUUGGUAGCGUGACUUUUCUUUCCUGCUAAAUUCUUUGCUUGCUUCCCUUUGCAACAUCACCUCAAAAAAAAAAAAAAAAAAGAAGAAUGAAAUAAGAUAGGCAGGCGGCCUGGUAGCCCAGUGGUUAGCACGUCGGCUUCACAGUGCAGAGGUACCGGGUUCGAUUCCAGCUCCGGCCUCCCUGUGUGGAGUUUGCAUGUUCUCCCCGGGCCUGCGUGGGUUUUCUCCGGGUGCUCCGGUUUCCUCCCACAUUCCAAAAACAUGCGUGGCAGGCUGAUUGAACACUCUAAAUUGUCCCGAGGUGUGAGUGUGAGUGCAAAUGGUUGUUCGUUUCUGUGUGCCCUGCGAUUGGCUGGCAACCGAUUCAGGGUGUAUCCCGCCUAUUGCCCGAAGACAGCUGGGAUAGGCUCCAGCACCCCCCGCGACCCUAGUGAGGAUCAAGCGGCUCGGAAGAUGAAUGAAUGAAUGAAUGAAUGAAAUAAGAUAGCUUUUACCUAAUUGAAGAAAAAAAAAAGCUAAUAGCAGGCAGGAAAAAUGGACCCUGUAAAAGUGUUUUAAACAAGUCAACAUACUGAGCCUAAAAACGAAAAAUCAGCCGUCUUAAAACCGAUCGACUCAAAAGAAUUAUCAGGGUUCCAAAGCGAGUACAAAGUAUGUUUCCAAGACUGCUUGCGCUACGUCGCGUACUUCUUUCCAGGCUUCUCGAAGCUAUUUGGUGAUAUAAUUGCAUGCAUAUUCAAAAUAAUGAAAACGAUGAUCGAUGCUAAAGCACUCUUUACGCAGAUGUCACAAAUUAUUGUCAUUUUUUAAAAGGUUGUUUUUUUUCUCUUAACUGUCUGGUCAUUACAGUCUGAGGAAAAAUGAUUGGAAUUUAGAUAUUUAAAAUUUGUGGCAACCCUGAAUGAUGGUAUUUCGUGUUUUCAUCCAAUUUUUUUCUGUUAUAAACUCCAAAUGUUUAAUUCCUGGAAGAAAAUGCUCAAAGCGAGUAAAAUGCUUGCCUGGUAGGAGGAAAGACAAAGAACAAGCACAUUUUUUUUCUUGAUUGGACAAUCUUGCUUAGAUUUGAGUAGACUUAGACUUUGCGGCAUUUUCUACUAUGUUUAAAAAAAAAAUUACUUCGUUCUUGACACUUUGCUAGCUUGUUGACACCAUUUCGUAACCACCUUUUGCUUCAUCCGUCAAUCAAAUUUCUUGCUUGCUCUCCCCUUGAUGGCACCGCAAACACGGGUCUGAAAAAAAGCAAAAAGUAAUGAAAUGAAGUCUAUAAUUGUUUUGAUGUUUGUUUUUAGGAAAGUUACAGGAAAAUUCGGAUGCCUUCCAACAAGAAAAAUUACAGUCUUUAAAAAAUAAACGUCUUCACAAAAAAAAAAGCUCUGCACUAAUAAGGAAUAUGUUUAUAAAUCACAGUAUAAAUGAAGUAUUUGCUCAACUCAACUGUAUUUAUAGUGUACUUUCAAACAGCUCGUCCAACUAUCACCUGCUGUCUUAUGAUGAGGUUAUUUUAAACAAAAAUUGUAUUAAAAAGUUUUAAUCACUCGUCGGGCUCUUUAAGGGGAGAAAAAAAAAUGCUCGUGACAAGUCAAAUGCGCAUAUGUAUUAUCUUGGCAGAUGCAUCUUGCCUUAAUUUGAGAUAUUUAAUCUCUGUUGGGUUAAAUUUUGUUUUUGGCAAUGAUAGUGUACGUUUUCCUUCGUUGGAAGUUGCAACAAAACCAUUCGCCCGCCCUGUGACUGUUACGUGAUGGUGAACCCUCUCGAUGCUUUGCUGUUUUUGAUGGACUUUUUUGGCUUGUUAGAGGUGAAUGCUAGCACGUUUAGUUAUGAGGAAUCGCGUGCACACGUAAAAAAAACGAAUAAUUAAAAAAAAAAGGGCUUGCGAUGCGAGAGUAUCCUUUCGUAUUUCUCUAGUUCCAUCUGCGCAAGGCAUUCUUUGGUUUUUGUAAAUACAUAUUUUCUAGUCGUAGUUGCCAAAGACACAUACAGUAACUCCUUGUAAUGUACCUCAAUUUUUUUUUCUUAAAACGGGAGGCAUACGAUCACUUUGCGUGCUAUUUUCAAGUUUGUGGGGGGGACAAUGACUCGACUCCAGGGUUUCCCAACCUCUGUUAUGCUGAGGCACAUAUUUUAGAAUCUGAAAAAAAAAUCUAAAUUGAUUAAAAAGUACUGAUCCUCGGUAAAUUUUAAAUCGGGGAAUUUUGGAAAUAUUCCAAGUUGGAAAAUUUCCAUGGCAGUGAACUGGGACUAUUUGCCCAACUGGGCCUUGACAAGUCACCCCCCGAUGCAUUCUUGGUUUAAGCUAGCAGGCAAGAACAACAUCCGAGUAUUCAAUGCAUUCUUGGUUUAUACGUACUGUCAUUUGGAAUAUGACCUGGGCCACCAAAUGACGUUUCACCAUAUUACAAGAAUCAAAAGAUUGGACAACGCCUAGUGAAAAACUUUUAUGGCAAGUAUUUCGUCAUCAUUUGCUGGUUAGCAACAUUUUUAGCAUUAGCUUUAGCAGUCCAGUUGGGGCUCAAAUGUCAUCUCGCUGUGUUAGAAUGUUGACGACAAUUUGAAAGGCGAAUAACUGACACGUUCUUGUUCGCAUUGUCUUUAGCAUUGUUAGCAUUGGAGGUAAAAUGGCGUUUAUUUGAAAGUUAACAAGAAUUUCAAAGGCCCACUAACGACAUCUACAGGACUUUAGUCUUUUCACAACGACCAAAACGUAGAACCUUUUAGCUUAAAUUCCACGCAAAAAUCACUCAGAAUUAAUGAUUUUGAAGCGAACUGCCCUGUUUUGUGGUGGUAACAUUGUCUAGAAACAAUGGCUUUUGAAAUUAUUUCUCCUGUCCCUUUUUUUUUUUCCUGAAAGAAGCCUGCCACUGUACAGAAGCACUUAGUGUCACUCAAUGUGACACUUUAUUGGAGACCAUACAUAAGCUAAUACAACAUCACACAUUAAAACGAACAAAAGUCCUCUCAACGUAGCAGAUUUCUAUUAUUUUUGUUUUGUUUUGCCGUUGUUUUUCUUUGUUUUUUGCCAUGUCCGAUGUAUACAAAAAAAGUAUAUUUGUGCUUGUGCUAAUGUGGAAAAAAACCCCUCCAAACGUGUUGAAAGUGAUUUUUUUUUUUGUAAGUACUAUAGUGGUUCUUAAAAGAGCGAGUACGACUUCCUGCGGAGGAGAUUGUUGUUGUUGUUAGCGUACCACUGAAACACAACGUUGUCUUCUAUUUGUGACACAUAAUAGCGAUGAUGAUGCUGUAUGUAUAUGUAAGUAUAAGGGUUAUUAAAGUAAGUAUGCUUCAACUUUGUCAUAAAGUGUCAAAACUUUAGUUACAUUGUCACAUUUAGUCCUCAAAGCCUUUUACCAGCACUUCCUGUUGUGAUUUUUUUUUUGUAAGAGUGUAACUUUUAUUUUUAUAAAUAUGUAUAUUUAUUUGUAGGCCUGACACACCAUGCUCAUUUUUUUUUUUUUUUUUAGAUGCGAGGAUAGCGCCCAUGUAGCCUCUUACUGGAAUGAUGACGUCAUUCAUGUGAAAUUCAAGACAUGUACCUGUUUUUCUUAUUUUAUGAUCAUGUUUGCUGUAAAUAUUAACAAUGUAUCUGAUGUGUGGAAAAAAAAACUAAAUAAGUCAUGCAGUUUAAAAUUAAACCUCACAAAUUGUCCUA